CAUUUUCUUUAUCUUUUCAUCAUCCAAACAGACAAACCAAUAACCAUCAUGAUUUCUCAAGUCUCUCUACGUUCUUCUACUCGUUCUGUGGCGGUUCCUAAUGUGUUGAGACAAUGCGGUUUACAUAUGGCAAAAACGGCUCGUUCUGAAGGUGCAACAACAGGAGCUAAAACUGGCUUUAGUGAAAAGGAAAAGGCUGAAGAAAGUCGUUGGGCUCGCUCUCAUGAUAGUGAUUUGCUAAAACAAUUAAGAGAUAAAUUAGCACAACAAGAAAAGGAUACAAACGAAUUGAGAGCCAAGUUGAAUGAAUUCGAAAAGAGAAGCAACAACAGCCAGAAGCCCUAAACGUGUACAAAACCUAAUUCCAUGAUACCAUCUUUACUCAUACUAUACUCAAUAUCAAACGAAUAAUAAAGUUGAAUAAAGGUUGACCAUUUUUGAUAAUAGAAUAUAUCCGCUCAUUUUUUCAUUGUGCUUGCAAAAUAAAAUAAGGGGAUGUCAGG